GAAAGACUUUGUGUUAGGUGGGUGGAUUUUGUUAAACGGUGGAUAUUUUGGAUUAUUUCAUCAAGUUUAGUGUUAAGUGCAGUGUCCGUUGGAGUUUUUGCCGGCAGGCCGGCCGCCUCUUAACCGCCCAGCAGGAUGGCGUGAUCAUCCAGCCUCAGUCAGGACACGUCCAACAUCGAUACUUAGUUUCAGAGCGGUAACAAAGGGAGGGCCGAGCGACCCUCCGCGGGGGGCAUGGGCGUCUCAUCUUCAGCGGACGACGCGUACAGCAUCCCUUUGCUGGCGAAGCUGCUGCACCAGCUUCCGCAUUACAAUGUUAAUUUUCAUCUGGUGAACAGCUCGUUUGAUCCCAAUUCACCCAUAUAUUUAGAGAGUUUGGGCAUCUUAGGCUCGAUACCAGCAGCAUGGUUAAUACUUACCCUUCUAGUCUUAUUAAUUUAUCUAUUAACAAGAUGCUGCGAUCGGAAACCUCGCGCAUCCAAAUCCAUAUCAGCACUGAAAGUAACGCUGGCCAUAUUUUCGGUUUUAUGUUGCGCAGCAGUAGGCUUAGGCCUCUAUGGAAACGAUGACUUGCACAACGGGGCCAUGCAGUUGAUGCAACAAGGAAAGCAAGUGGAUCAGCUGGUUGGGAAGAUAAGGAAUCACACUGAAGCCAUCGAGAGGACUUUGAGAAUUCAGGCUGGAAGUCAGCUAACCAACUUGAGGAAUAUAUUUGAAGAGCCAGUUAAGAAUAUAUCGUUGUAUAAACAGGCCGACGUUUAUUUGCUGAAUUUGAUGGGUAAUAAUAGUAUGGCUGCGAAUGCAGCGAGCGAUAUAAGAAGCCCAUUGAUGGGGUUAGAUUUGUCGCCCAAGAUAGAAAUGGGUAUGAAACUGGAAGGAAUCAGAUGGAACUUUACUAUGAGCAUACUGAGUGUACUGCUAAUUUUAUGUGUAAUUCUACUUGUUGGAGUCGCAAAGCACAAUAGAUGCGCUCUUAUACUAUUCUCCGUAUGUGGAUUACUCGCCGUUAUAGCCUCAUAUCUGCUAGCAUCUAUCUACAUAGCCUCAUCGGUAGCCUUGGCAGAUUUAUGUAUGGCACCGGAUAAGUUUAUCGAAGACCAAGCUUCAACCGAGUUAUCCAAAGAAAUUCUUCGCUACUAUACAAACUGCGAAAGAGCUCGAGCUAACCCCUUUACCCUUCGUUUACGCGAAGCUAAAACCACCAUAGAUAACAUGCGAUCCAAUUUAAACUCCCUUAGAGUCCCAGCCAUGUAUCUCUUCCCUAGAAAAUCACUGGAUACCAAAUUCUCCUCGAUCAAAAACGAAAUAAACUCCGCCGAUUCUACGAUUAACUCUCUUACUGCUCUUGUGGAUUGUAGGGCCUUGCAUACCCAUUAUUUAAGAGGUGCCAGGGCUAUUUGUAAUGUUGGGUUGAUGGGGUUGACUUUUAUGUUGGUUUCUGCUGUUUUGGCUGGACUUUUAUUGACUGCGCUAGUGUGGGUUGAUUCUCAUACUUGGAUUUAUAUUAGAAAGAAGAAGGACUACCAGCAAGUGAAUGAGACGGACCCGUACCUGCCGCCGCCGGCCGCCUCUCAAGCCAUCGCCGCCCGCACAUUGCAACGCAGCCAAGGGUCGUCUUCUUAUCCUCCCGACACCCCCCCGCCUAGCUACACCUCGGCCCUGAUGCACAACGGGGCCGGCGCUGCACGAUCCGCAUCCCCGCAGAAUGCCGCCGCCACUGCCCCGCCCGCGCCGCAUGAAGCUCACGCACUGCUACUAGAUGGGUGCGACAUGCGUCCCAGCGAGCACCACAGGGGGGCCGCGCACAUGUCCCACCUCAGAGGACACACUCUUGGUCGUCUCCCAUCUCACCACCACGAGUCGGCGUACGGUGGACCCAAUAAUGGAAAGUACGCGACUUUGAGCAAACAGUGCAAAACAUUGGAAAGCUCUGAUUUCUACUGAGACAGGGCUGCCUGCAAGGAAUUCCCAAACUUCAAAGGUUUUAAGUUCGAUCAGCGUCAAACCGCCGAGCAAUCGCAAGCCGAAGCGCAGAUGCAACGCACCGCAACGCUGGGCAAAUACGCCUCGCUAGGACGGCGCCCGUUGCCGCAAACGCCCGACGAGAAGGCGCGCAAGCAGCCGCCGGUACCCAAAGUGCCCGCGACGAUCUCCCAGAACGUACCGGAAGUGCCGUUAAACCCGGUCAACUUCCGGUCUCUGCAGAGGGGGGCUUGGCAGGAAACUCCGAGUUCUUUUCAUCCGGGGGCGCAGUUCAGGUCGUUGCAAAGGGGCGUUACCGGGCAACCUAUGGGUCAUUCCCAGUUUAGAUCCGUGAAAAUUCAGGAUCAGCAACACGGGGAUAUGCACGGUAAUGGCGAAAGCGAACGGCAGUUGUAUGCUGUGACAGAAUUGUAAGUUUUAUUUUAUUUUCUAUUUGGGAAAUGCAGGCAGUCAUCAGCCAUAAGAAUUUUAUUUUUAUUUUUUAUGCGGUACCGUAAAAACUUUUUAUUAUUUAUUUACCUGGUACUGCAUUAUUUUGUGAGGCAUAUUCUGUUACCAACUUAUUGUGAUAAACAAUAUUUAAACUUAAGAAUAUGCCAAAAUAUAGUUUAGACAAACUAGGGAUCUCUAUAUACUAUAAAACAUCACAGGUUUAGAGCAAUACUAAAUUUUAUAUAUCGAAUAAAAACACAAACGGAUUUUCUACUCCAAAUUUCAAUUCUUUUGAAUCAUUCCUAAAACUUUUACCAAUAUAGUAACGUAUAAAUAUAGUAACACAACCCAAGUAAAUAAGAUUACAUUUACAUUUUUAUUGAACAUAUUUGUUGUUUAAUAGUUGAAUGUUUUCUUAUCUUUACUCUAAAAAAGCACAUUCCAAAGAACUAAAUACUCAAAAAAACUGCACACAAAAUGUGUCACUUUUCUCAAAAUUAAUUGUGAUGAAAGGUACUCGAAAAUGUGCCAAAAUAAAAAAUGAUUUGACUGAAGUAAUCUUGGUGACACUCUCUAAAAUUACAGUAUAUUUAUGUAAAAUUACUGUUUUCAGUAAUGUUGCAGUUGGCAUGUAAUAUUACAGUUUAGUUAUGUAAAAUUACAUUCUUUCCGUAAAAUUAAGGAACGUUUAGGUGUUAAACACAUAGAUAACCAAAUAUGACAUUUAUAAAGGGAACAAGACACUAUUCUACUUCACAUUUUUAGAUGAUUAACUCAAGUUUUUUGUAAAAAAUUUGCUCAUAAUAUGUUCCGUGUCAAGUAAUAACAAGUUUUAAUAAAUAAAAACCGUUCUGGUGUAAAAGGUACUGCCAAUCAUUGGUAGUUUGAAGUACAAUUUCACAAUAAUGCAUUUAUAAAUAUAAAAUUAAGGAUAUGAUUAGUCAUAGUCUUUAAUUUUAGGGAUUUCAAUUAUAUUUGUAUUUUUAAUAAUAACGUCAUCUUGUAAUUGUUACAUAAACAUUUUUAUAGUGUAUUCUAGUGUAAUGUUAAAGGAAAUGACCACACUUUCUAAAUGAUUAAGAGCAAAUAGGUACACCUCAUAUUAAAUUAACUUCCAUGUUAAGAGUUAACCAAUUCCUUUAGAAUAAUUUUAUUUUUUGUUAGGAUUUGGCUAAUGAGCUAGUUAACAAUUUAUAUUAAGGCUUGACAGAGUUAAUCGGAGUUAAUUUUCUCUUAAUUUUGAAAUUGUGGUCUUUUUGGAGGAGUUUAAAUGAAUAUUGUAUGAUAGUCAAGAAAUUAAGAAGGGGCAUUCUAGCAGGAUUCCAUAAAGUUAGUUUUAUUAGAGAAUUUUAAAAUCUAGAACUAAAAAAGCCCAUCAUGCAUAAUCUUUUCUUUUCUUAAUUGCGUUUAUUUAUAUGGCUACGAUUUUAUUAACUGAAAAGUGGCCAUUCAUUGUACAUUUAUAAUUAGUUAUAUAUUACUAACGCUAAAUUUAAGGGAUAACUGCCAAAGAAUAGUAAGAGUGGAUGAUUGAACAAAAUAAAAAAAGUUUGUGUGUUUUUGGGAGUGAAUGUUUCUAAAAGUUAUAUAAACUAAACCAAAAUAUCGAUUUUUGGUUUAUAUGUAGUUAAACUGUGUAACUUUACAAUUAAUAAAUGUUUACAAAAAAUAUUUUUUUUAGUUUAUUUUCUUAGCUUAUAAUACAUCGAUUUAAUCUGGCCUGUGUAAAGAA